UGCACACGAACCUAAUCUCACUUUCAUACUAAAACAGAGCAAAGCUUUGGUGUAUCCAUCAUUAAGUGGAGAUCAACUAAAAACAACGUUAAGAAUAAAGUCAGAUACGAAAUUGAGAGAUUCAUAAAAAAAGCCAAUAUUUUCGAGUGGAGAAGUGCGAGAAGUAUAUAAUCAUGUGGUCAAAUAAUACUGUUGCUAUUCGAGCAUCUUGCAAUUGCGGAAAGUCUGGAGGAGGAAAUUGCGGGUGUGGCGUCAACUGUAACUGCGGAAAAUCUGGCGGGGGAAAUUGCGGCUGUGGGGUCAACUGUAACUGCGGGAAGUCUGGGGGAGGAAAUUGCGGCUGUGGCGCCAAUUGUAACUGCGGAAAAUCUGGAAAUUGCGGGUGCGGGGUCAACUGUAACUGCGGAAAAUCUGGGGGAGGAAAUUGCGGCUGUGGAGCGACCUGCAACUGCGGAAAAUCUGGCGGGGGAAACUGCGGGUGCGGAAACAAAUCAAGCGUUGGUUUCUGUGCCUGCGGAAGUAAGUGUACCUGCAGCAAGAAAUCUGUCCAAGGAUACUGCGCUUGUGGGGCGAACUGCAAGUGUGGAAACAAAUCUGGAGUAGGCUUCUGUGGGUGUGGAAAAAGCUGCAAAUGUGGAAAGUAUGAUGGGGGAAAUUGCGGCUGUGGCGUCAACUGUAACUGCGGAAAAUCUGGAAACUGCGGCUGUGGGGUCAAUUGCAACUGCGGAAAGUCCGGGGGAGGAAAUUGUGGGUGUGGGGUCAAUUGCAACUGCGGAAAAUCUGGAAAUUGCGUCUGUAAUUGCGGAAAGUCUGGGGGAGGAAAUUGCGGCUGUGGGGUCAGUUCAUCCCCUUGCAAACGUCGCCGAACAGAGGACAACUGUGCCUGCAAAUCUGGCUGCCAGUGCGAGUAAAUGUUUUCCCACUUGUGUCAAUCCUGAUCACGACCAAUUCACUUUUAUCCACUUAAACUUUUAAAAUUUAUAAAAUUGAUGCUAAAAUUCCUUUCAGAAACAAAAUUUAUAU